CUGGCUUUGAGCGGCAGGCUGACAGCUGAACGGCUCGCAAAGGUACAGCGACGCAGUCUGCGACGUCUGAUCAACAACCACCACAACAAACUCCCGUUUUAAAGACGACACGUUCCCACCUCACGCGUCGCGUCUUCCGACCCGCGCGAGCUCACCAGAGGACGGUAACCGUUAAACCUUGCGGAUAUCUUUUAUAAACAUUUUUUUUUUUUGGUACCUUUUUUUUCUCACCGAGAGAGGAACAGAGCCGUGUCCGGAUGUGCCAGCAGUGUCGGCUUUGUUUUUCUCUUCGCAUGGCGUAGGCACCUUUAAAAAAAACAAAAAACCCAAACCCAUUUCUUCUAAAGGCAGGAUAUUCUUGAUGUGUGGAGGGUCGGAGGAGGCCCUCGGGUCCGCACCGUGUCCCGCUAACAUUAACCGUUCCUGCAAAUGUCCCCGUUUGUGUGGGAAAUGAUCGACGGAACGGUUGUGCAAUAGAGAGGAAGAAGCGUCGCAGGUCACACAUCCCGACAUCGCAGAAAGAGAGACAGAGAGAGACGGAGAGAGUCCCCGGGAUUUCAUCGAUUCCUGCUCGAGGACCCCGACAGCGACGUCCGUCGUUUGUGAGACGGACACAAAUCAGAAGGAGGCGAUAUCCGGCUCGUGGUGUCGUGUGUGAACCCCUCGGAGGACCGGGAGAAGCUUCACGAUGACGGGCAGCAGCAGCAGCACUCCGGCGGACAUGAUAAACCUGCGGCUUAUUUUAGUCAGCGGGAAGACGAAAGAAUUCCUCUUCUCUCCGAACGACUCCGCGGCCGACAUUGCCAAACACGUCUAUGACAACUGGCCGAUGGACUGGGAGGAAGAGCAGGUCAGCAGUCCUAACAUCCUGAGGCUGAUCUACCAGGGCCGGUUUCUGCACGGCAACGUAACACUAGGAGCUCUCAAACUGCCCUUGGGGAAGACCACAGUGAUGCAUUUAGUUGCCAGAGAGACUUUGCCUGAGCCAAAUUCCCAAGGUCAGAGGAAUAGAGAGAAGACCGGGGAGAGUAACUGCUGUGUCAUUCUGUGAACACACGUCGCCACCACCGUCCCUCCAUCCCUCUCCUCCGUUCCCACGUCAACAUGUUGGACCGACCCAUUUGGUCCCCUGUGCUGAAACGUGUCCACAAUGCGGAUUUGCAUACAGACAAACAUACAGAUACACCUUUUCCUUUUGUUGUCCCUCACACACACACACACACACACACACACACACACACACACACACACACACACACACACACACACACACACACCCAUUUAGAAAAACAGCAGGCUCAUGCUGCUUGCUGACACACAGUAGGGAGCAGGAAAUGGAUUCACUUUAGAGUUGAUUCCUUUGUCUCAACUGAUAAAUUAGUGGAUGAACUGGAUUUGCAAGUGUUUUUUUCUUUUGAUCUUUUUUUCUUUUCUUAAUGCACACCUUUUUUAAGCCUUCUGGCACACAGACAGACAGACACACACAGACACACACGUACCUGCAGUACACACAAACAACACGUCCAACCAUCCUCAGUCGGCCUGUUUAAAGCUCCUCGUACUAGCUGGUUAUUAUAGUAAUGCAGUGCCCAAGUCUGUGUGUGUGUGGCCUUGUUUUCUCAUUCAGACCGCUGAGAACUUUUAACCACUAACAAUUCGCCAACACAAUUACCCCCCCUCCCCCCACCCUCCACACACUCACACACACACACUCUAUGACUUCCUGUCUACAGAUCCAACCAGAUGUGCUUGUGUGAUCUCCCUCGGUGCAGCAGACAAAGCUCAGAUGUGCCUGAUAAGAGAACUCAACUCAAACCAUGACACACACACACACACACACACACACACACACACACACACACACACACACACACACACACACACACACACACACACACACACACACACACACACACGUGUCCUUUUUACUGCCCUCCUCUGCAUGUGCCCUCAAAGGUCACAAGAGAGAAAUGAUUCCUUUCUCCUGCUGAGCGCUGUAGAGGGCGAACGCGUCUUUUAGUCGCCAUAUACUGAGCCAAACAAAGCCUAACGGACAAACAAAUGCACAACAACCCGUGCUGGUGGUCUUGUUUUGGUUAUUUGUUUGUCCAUGAUAUUUGUGACUGUGUUUUGACAGUCACACGCAUAUUACUGAACGACCAGUGUUGUGAUUUAAUAAAACAUUGCGUCAGGUUUUUUUUCCCUCCCUGAUGCAUUUGCAAUUGUGAUCCUUUUUGAAAAUAAAAAAAGUAUUGUGAAGGAUCUCUCUGAAACCGGCAAGGAAUUCAUUCGGAAUGAAAAUGUUCAUCUUCAUUCGUCUUAAUUCGCUCCUCGGUCUCAUUUCAAGUUUCUCUCAGCAUUAAUAAGUCCAGUUUGCACAACCAAAGCAUGGGCUCCUUCAUCAGAUUAAUACAAAUGUAUAAAAAGGUUUAUUGUUUAAUUUUAUAUUUUUCCAAUGGAACUAUUGUUCCACACUAUGGUAAGGUGUAGAGUAUAUUUAAUAUGAAUCCUAUAGAGAACAUGAUCAAUCUAAUCUCGUCGAUACACAGUAUAUUGGUGUGUAGUCUAUGAUUGUGUAUUGGGUUAGCUUCUAGCCAGUUCACAGUCACUCGCUGACAAUGUCUUGCGCUUAAGAGCAGCAUCACUUCCCUAAUCAUCAACAGACUGUAUCUUUAUUUACUUUCAUCUGCGCUCUUUAUUAUUAUUUUUGCAUUUGUUUAUAAUUUUUUUUUGCUUUAAAGAAUCGCUAUGUAACAGCACUAGGUCUUAAAAAAAAAUAUGUUUAUAUUGAUCAGGGUUCAAAUAUGUACAGAGCUAAAUGUUUUCAAACCAAUUGUAAAUAGCACUAAUGCCCCCCCCCCCCCCUUCUCCCCCCUCCCUGCCCCCUCUGCCCCCAUCCGAACUCCAAAAUGGAAUACAUCUGUAAACUAAAUAAAGGUUAUUCAAGUGCA